AAAAGGAGUUACGAAAGAGGACCAUAAAUUUUGCUCGACCUCAUUUAUUUAUUGUCUUGUAAAGAGGUUGAUUUUAGUUGGAAAGAUGCUGAAAUAAAAUAUUCAUUAUGAAUGCUAUAUGUAAGAGGUUUUCUAAGCGUUUAUAUCUGCGGCAGUUUUCCUCAAGAUCAGCCACUGCCUUCUCUUACGAAUCUCCGGAUGUUAAACCAUUUCAAGAAAUUCCAGGUGCUACUGGAAAAUUUGCAUUACCAUAUUCAAUUGGUAAUAUGUUUCUUCUGAAAUCAAUGGGAUGUUCUAUGUAUCCAUUUGAUUUGAGAGAUUUUACGACCGCUCUACAUAAAAGGUUUGGAGACAUCGUGAGGAUAAGAACCACUCAUAACAAAUGGGGAGUAUUCAUUUAUCACCCUGAUCUUGGCAAAGAGGUUCUCGAAAUACAAGCAAAGAAUCCCUUCCGUCCACCUGUUGACAUUCUCAGAAUAUACAACGACAAGGAAGACUUCAGCCAAAGUCUGGCAACAUUAAAUGGUGAAGAAUGGGCUAAGCUUCGGAAACCGUCACAGGAAUUAAUAUUAAGACCAGUAGCUGUCUCUGCAUAUGUUGGAACCUUGUCCAAAGUGGCAGAAGACUUUGUUGAAAAAUACCAAAAUGGCGGGAAAAUUGAAGACCUUCGGUCUGCUCUUGUUAACUAUGCUACAGAGAGCGUAGGCAUGCUUUGCUUCAACAGACGUCUUGGGUGUCUUAAGAACAAACCUGUCAUUGAUAUAAACCUCCUAGAAGACUUAUUUGAUGCCAUAGACAAGGAUCUAAAGGGCAUGGGUUUUAAACCCUAUCGCUUUUUCAACACACCACUAUACAGAAAAUUUAAACAAGGAGCUGAUCAUAUCCAUGGCAUUUGUCAAACUGAGAUUAAAAGUGCUUCAGAAAAACUUGAAAAUGCCAAACUGGAAGGGAAGCUCGAGGAUUAUCUCCAAGAACCAAAUCUUAUGUACGCAUUAUUGUGUCACCCAAAGAUGACGCCAAAAAUGGUGGACAGAACAAUCAUGGAUUUGUUAAUUGCUGGUGUAGAGUCGACUUCAAAUACCUUAACUUUUCUGUUGUUUGAACUGGCAAAAAAUCCUGAGAAACAAGAGAAACUUCGUAACGAAAUAAUUUCUGUGUGUGGCCAAAAUGAUAUCACCAAGGAAAGUUUGGCAAAGCUGCCAUACCUGAAGGCAUGCGUCAGGGAAACUAUGAGGAUCUAUGCACCAACAUCCCCGGGUUCGUAUCGGCGUUUCGAAAAAGACGUAGUGGUCGGUGGAUAUCAUGUUCCAGCUGGGACUGAGAUUGCAAUUUGUUUCCAAAAUAUGUGUGAGGAUCCCCGUUUUUUCAAAAGUCCCGAGAUAUUCCUCCCAGAAAGAUUUGUCCGAGAUGACAACACUCUCACGGAGGAAUACAAAAACACCAAUCCAUUUGCCACCUUACCGUUUGGAUUUGGUCCCAGAAAAUGUAUUGGGCAACGAUUUGCAGAAAAUGAAAUUCAUGUACUCAUUGCAAAGAUUUUCCAACGUUUAGAAGUCUCACUUGUGCCGGGUACUGAUUUAGUUAUGGAGUAUACAUACCGCACAUUUGCAACGCCAAAGCAUGUUGUACCAAUAAUGGUCAAACCCAGAGACAAUAAGAUUUAAUCCCCUCUUCUUCCCACAACCUCUCUCUCUCUCUCUCUCUCAUUCCCUUGUUAAAUUAGGUUAAUUAAUCACACCUCAGCGCUUCUAUCAUUUUCUAAAUUUAAUUGAAAACCUGUUAGAUAAUUGUAUAAAGGAUAUUUUUUACUCAAUUCGCAAACUAUUUCUAGAUGUAUUAAAGACAUUUGUAUGUUUGUAUUUUCUCUAUAAUUAGAAUCCAAUCAUAGAAUUUUUUUCUUUAUAUACAUGUAUGU